AGAGAGGGAGUGAAAGAGAGAAAGGAGGUUUUCAGUAGGCAGGGUUUGGCAAUAGCCACAGGAGGUCCAGGUCUUAUAAGAGAAGGCCAGUGCAUCAGCUAUCACACACACACUCAGGAGAACCUACCUACCUACUGUCAUCGGUCAUCACAAGUACCUAGGCACACCAGCAGCACUAAACCAUGGGGAAACAGAAGAUAUGGAUAGACAAGCUGAUGCGGACCUUCCAGAUCCGUAACCUGCUGUUGCGUCAGGCUUUGGCUGAAUGCCUGGGCACCCUCAUCCUGGUGAUGUUCGGUUGUGGCGCGUUGGCUCAACUGGUGCUCAGCAGAGGGUCCCAUGGCCGCUUUCUCACCGUCAACUUUGCUUUCGGUUUCGCUGCUACCCUGGGCAUCCUGGUUUGUGGCCAGAUAUCAGGAGGCCAUCUUAACCCUGCAGUGACCUUUGCCCUCUGCCUACUUGGAAGAGAACGCUGGAGAAAGUUUCCGGUGUACUUUGCGGCCCAGACAUUGGGCGCUUUCCUGGGCUCUGCGGUCAUCUUCGGCCUGUACUAUGACGCCCUGUGGGACCAUGCCGGGAAGCUCCUGGUUGAGGGUGAAAACGCCACCGCCGGCAUCUUUGCCACCUACCCCGGCAGUCAUCUCACGCUGGUCAACGGCUUCUUCGAUCAGUUGAUUGGCACCGCAGCGUUGAUUGUGUGCAUCCUGGCCAUUGUGGACCCCUACAACAACCCCAUCCCCCAGGGUCUGGAGGCUUUCACGGUGGGCUUCGUGGUGCUGGUCAUCGGCCUGUCCAUGGGCUUCAACUCCGGCUACGCCGUCAAUCCUGCCAGGGACUUUGGGCCCCGUCUCUUCACAGCCAUUGCGGGCUGGGGCGGGGAAGUGUUCACUACUCGUCAGGGCUGGUUCCUCAUACCCAUCUUUGCCCCGUUCCUGGGUUCGUCCAUUGGUGUGAUGGUCUACCAGCUGAUGGUAGGCUACCAUCAGGAGGGCGAGGUUCGUGACAGGAAAAGCAAAGAGUUGGAGGAGAGGGAUGAGGGCAGAGUCAAACUCACCAAUGUCACUACAAAGGACCCCUUAAAGGAAGACAUGGUAUGAGCCAGGGAAUUCACCAUCGUCCAAUGUCCUUCAGCCUCCACUGACACCAGGACCAGCACUCCUGCAUCACUCCAUUUUUUCUCCUGGAGGGCGGGUGGACCUCUCCUCAUACUUGACUCUGACAGCUGUGUGCGUUGGGAGAGAAAUACAGCACACAUAGCAUACCUACAGGACUACAUUAUUUUCUAUAGCUUUAGCAUUAACAUCGCUGCAGUAUAUCUCUAUGCAUGUGUAUUACAUUCUAGCUUCAUAGUGUCCUUGAGUAAAAGGGAUAAUGAAUUUGAAUUAACAAACAUGACAAAGAAUUAUAUUAAUUCCAAAAGUUUGAAGACAACGUUUGAAAUCCAGAGUCUUUGUCUCUGUUUUAUACUGAUGUAGUUUUACUAAUUCAUGUAAAUACUGCAUACAGAUAGCUUAUAUGUGUCCUGACCAGAGACAAUUUGUACAUUUCAGUGAGUCCAACAAUUUCUAUGUCAACAUUCCUCACACAAGGAAUUUCUUUGUUUUCACGGAAAUUGAAAGAUUACACUCAACAAGUGAAUUCUAGGUUGAAUGUAACCAGAUGUUAUCCAAGUCAGAUAAAAAAGAAACCCCUUUCAAUUGGAUAAGUGAUAUGCGCGUGUUACAAUGAUUCUUGUUAUUUCCUUGUACUUGCCUAAUGUGUUGUACAAACUUUAUCAAGUUUCGAUCUGCUGUCAGGGCAACGACAUACCAACCAGAAGACUGCCAGACCUGUCUAUCUCAUAGUUCAGCAUCUUUUGAUUGUUUCAUUGGUCAGAGAUAGUUGACAACCAAGGUGCACUAUUCUUCUUCAGCCAGAUUUGAUUGCUUUUCCUGCAUAUGAAAAACAUGGAGCAUUGAUUUCAUUCAUUGGGUUUGUGGAGUUUUGGUUGCCAGCUCUUCUUGCUUGUAAAUAUUUGCAGUAUUUAAUCCUGUCAAUAGUAUCAAUGCCAUUUCUCAACUGUACAUAUGCUUUAAAAAAAAUAUUUUUUAAGAAAAAUUAUAACAGUGAUCAACUUGAUGAUUUCUGUCCCUUCAGAACACAUGUGACCUACAACUCUUGGUUUGUCUAUUGGUUUUCAACUGGAGAAUACAUCUGUGAUAUUUGUAUGUAACUCUGCUUAAGUGCUAAUGUCUGUUUUUACUCUCAUUAUAAUAAAUCAAUAUUUUCUGUUUGUGUAAA